AUGAAUUAUAAUAAAGUCCAUCAAUUUGAACAGAAUAUUUUGAAAAACCAUCUGGUUCAACAACAAGCUAACAAUGACAACGUGUAUGAUCCAGAUGAUAAGGAUGUAGAUGAACUUCUGGAUAGCCUAGAAGAUGAACUAGAUGAUAAUGAUAUUUAUGUAAAAUAUAGAGAAAAACGAUUACAAGAAAUAUCUGAACAUGUUAAAAAGGUAGAGAAACAAAUCAAGUUUGGUAAUUAUGGUAUAUUGGAUACAAUUGAUAAGGAAUCACAUUUAAUUCAAAUUAGCAGUGAAAUUGAUAAAAUUGUGAUCCAUUUUCAGUUAGAUACAUUUCCAAAAUGUAAAUAUAUGAAUGAUACACUAGCCAUCCUAGCGCAAAGACAUUUAUAUACAAAAUUUGUUAAAAUUAAUGCUACAAAUUGUCCUUUUUUGGUUAAAAGUUUAAAUAUUAAAGUUUUACCAUUUUUAAUUGGUUAUUAUAAAGGCAAAGAAGUUAUAAGAUUAAUAGGUUUCAGUAAGUUAGGAAACAAUCCAGAUGAAUUUCCGAUUGAAAAUCUUGAGCUACAAUUAAGAUCAGCUGGAUUAUUAGAUCCGGUGAUGGGAUCUAAUAUUAUCCAUCUAAAUAACAAAUCUAAUAGGAAUUUUCAAAACAAUAAGUAUGGCUAUGAUGGUGAUAGUGGUAGUGAUUUAGAUAUAUAA